AUGCGGCGCCGCGCCGGCCUCGCUGGCGACGCGCAGAAGGCUGAGACCAAAGAGGAAUUUGUUAAAGUUAAAAGGAGGGAUUUGGAAAGGCUGACAACUGAGGUUAUGCAAUUGCGGGAUUUCUUACCCAAAAUAGUAAAUGGGGAUAUCCUGGGGACAUUCCAGAAAUUGGAUGCCAUUGAAUCAAACAUGGAGAAAAAGGAGGAGGAAAUAGAGCAGCUGAAAAUGGAUUGUGAGCACUUCAGAGCCCGUCUGGAAACAGCCCAGGCAGAUUGCAUGAGAGAAAAGAAGGAGAAACUAGACCUCCGCCAGCAGCUGAAUGAGGCCAAGCAGCAGCUUCUGCAGCAAGCAGAGUACUGCACAGAAAUGGGUGCAGCGGUGUGCACAUUGUUGUGGGGUGUGUCUAGCAAUGAGGAAGCUGUUAAAACCAUUCUAGGAGGAAGUAAAGCAGUAAAGUUUUUCACAAUCACUGCACAGACCAUGGAGAGCUUUGUGAAGUCAUUAAGUGAAGACAUGAAACAGCAGGAUUUGGAUUCUGAUGAAAAUCAGUUUGUAUUAGCUUUGGCAGGGAUUGUAACAAAUGUGGCUGCGCUGGCAUGUGGCCGUGAGUUCUUGGUUAGUUCAAGUCGUGAAUUACUGGACACAAUGAUGCAGCUCCUGGGAGACAUGAAGCCGGGACUCUGUACCAAAUUUAAAGUACUAAUGCUAAUGUCACUUUACAAUGUGAGUAUCAACUUGAAAGGCUUGAAGUACAUCAGUGAAAGUCCAGGGUUUAUUCCUUUGCUUUGGUGGCUAUUGAAUGACCCUGAUACAGAAGUUUGUCUUCAUGUUCUGCGGCUCCUCCAGUCUGUGAUUCUGGAGCCAGAAGUAUUAGCCAAGUCAGCCUCUGAGAUGCGUGAUACUUUGCCAUUUCAGCGUAUCAUUGCACUGUCAAAGAGCCGCAAUGCGGAUCUGCAAGCACUUGCAAAAGAACUACUUGAAGAUCUUAAAAUACUUGAGUAUGAAGCAUAGAAGAGCUCUAUGACACCAACUGCUUACGUCUUUCCUAUAUUUUUAUGCUGCAAGAGUUGUUGGAGAUGGGCUU